AUGUGUGUCAUUGAACCUGUUCUCAUCGUACAUGGCGGUGCUGGAACUGUUCCCGACGAUCGCAUUCCCGGUAAACUUCGAGGUGUCACACUAGCGGCAAAGGUUGGCUACCAAGUGCUGGCUCGCAAUGGAUCGGUGGUGGAAGCGGUUGAGGAGGCCGUUCGUAUCAUGGAAGCUGAUCGCUAUUUUAACGCAGGCUACGGAUCGGUACUUAACAGCGAGGGCGAUGUCGAGAUGGAUGCCAGCAUCAUGGAUGGCGCAACCAAAGCGACGGGAAGCUUAAGUGGUGUACGGGACCUUCAACAUCCGAUUUCGUUAGCUCGUGCCGUCAUGGAACAUUCGGGGCACAAUUUUCUCAUCGGUGAAGGUCUUCAGUCGUUCGCGCUGGAUCGAGGCUUUUCGUUUUUGGACCCACCCGGCCAGCUGGUAACACAAUACGCCAAAGAUUCGCUAGAUGAUUGGAAAGCCUCCGAUCAGAGCUACCGAUCGGGCGAAGGGGGCACCGUCGGUGCCGUAGCAAUCGAUGCGGAUGGUCACAUUGCCGCAGCGACAUCUACGGGCGGCGUAACGGGUAAGCGAGUUGGGCGCGUCGGUGAUACUCCUAUCAUUGGCUCUGGGACGUAUGCCGAUAACAGGUUGGGUGGCGUGUCACUUACGGGCGAUGGAGAUAUCAUAAUGAAGGUAUGCAUUGCGUACGAUGUGCUGCGAACCGCUGAGCUCACCGGGCGCGAGAUACAACCGGUAGCCGAUGAGCUGCUCGAUGCGAUGAGCGCAUCGUUGGGCGGUACGGCCGGUAUGGUGGGGGUGGAUAGUGCGGGCAAUGUGGUGGUAGCGCACAACUCGAAGCAUAUGUCGUGGGCUUAUCAAAGGGGCGAUACAGUUGCCUACGGUGUCAGCAAGGAAGAUUUCAACCUGCAGCCAGCAUCUGACAUCGAAUUCAUGUCUCUCGUGGAAGAUCACGAUUUCGAGGUAAAAAACACACACUGA